AUGGAUUCUCUUCCUGGCGAAGGAUUCGAGUCAAACGCAACAGAUAAUCCCGCACCAAUUUCGGCUCGUGACUCCCGUCUUAGGGAACAUGCCAUGGCCUAUGAAGAAGAUUUUCCACCAUUGAAGAUUACCAUAAAAGCCGGGAUGGUCGCAAUGCUUACAGAACCGGUAUUCAGCAACAUUAGUGUGCCGUUAGGAGCAAAAAUUGUGGUGAAAGAAAUGAAUCCAUUGUUUGUGACGGGAACAGUUAUUGGAAAUGGUCAGGAUGGACAAAAGAUACUGGUCCCAAAGGUGGUUCGGUACUACUCAAAUCCAGAAUACAUGCAAGUUCCAUUCUCCUGGUCUCAAUUUCCGUUACGUGCGGCCUUUGCGGUUUCUGUUGGAAGCGAGGUGUCCAAUAUGCUAUCUCGGGCAGGAUUGUUGGUACCAGCUGCCAACACCGAGGGCAGAUCAGAUGGUGACUGGGGACUCGAGGCAGCUCUGGCACGUGGAUGUAUGAUCAAGGAGUCAGAACUAUUGAUUGCUGAAUACAAGGAAUAA